CGGCGGCGCCUUCGGGACCCCCGGGCGCUUGGAGGGCUGGGAAUCCUCACGGAGGGAAAGCCGGCUGCUCGCAAGCAGGGGCGGUUCGGGGAGAACGAGAGCGCCCCUGCUUUUCUUCCUGCUGAGCCGAGAUCCUUACGUGAUUUUUGGGAAAGCUUUGCGCAUGCAAGCGUCUGCUGCGCUUUCUGAGGAGCCGGCAGAGCGGCAAGGCAGCGCCACCUGAGGAGCUCAGCUCACCCAGUCGAUGUGAAAGUGCGGCAGAUGAAGGGGAGGCAGCGAGGUCAGCUGGUGGGGACAGCAGUGUUGCUUUGAGCUACCCCAGCCUCCACCUCCAUGCCUACAGCAUUGAGAGCAUGACAACAUUUCCGAAUGGCUGUGGAAAUGGCACCACCGUUACUUGUAUAGUUAUGGAUAAUAAAGAGCCCCAAAACCAGACUACCUGUGCCAGUCAUAAUGGGGGACACAGCACCAGCAACAGUGUUGAGGAGGAAUUUCAAGAGGACAAGCUCAGCCCUUCCAAAAUCAUGCGCUUUUUCACCACCCCUCGGAAACGGGCUAAUUCCAGCUCUGACAGGCCUCGUUCACUGGUUUUGAUGGGCAACUCAUCCACGUGGAAUGCCUUUUCUUCUAUCAGAAAGAUGGGAUCUUUCAAGAAGUUGAAAUCUUCAGUUCAGCAAGGAACUCAAACAAGGGAAUGCUCAGACAUCGUAAAUGACAACAGCAUAGGCAGACAUGGUUCAAAUGGAGCAGUGGUGCAAGUUCAGACUAACAGGUAUUCCUAUUCGGGCCCUCUACAUGAUUUCCAGAAUGCAGUGGAUGGUUUGGCUUCUGACUGCUCUGAUGUGGAGGAGAGCGAUGAGUCCUUCCUGAGGAACACUCAUCGCUCACGCAGCAUCAGGCGGGCUUACGGUGCUGGCCGCAUCAACUUGUUAGACACAGAUAAAGUUCAGAGUCACCACAACUGUGUUAGGCCAACAUCACCUGUCAUUGCAGAGCCAAAGAUCUGUGAAAUUUUGGUGAAAGACUCCGAAAACAACAGGAUCAUUUACUGGAGAAGCAAAAGUUCAGAUAAUUUGAACUUUCUGAAGAAAAGCUCAUUCAAGCGGAAGUCCACCUCAAACCUUGCUGAUCUGAAGGUUGCAAAUGAAAAACAGAUGCCGGCAAGGACUAUGAGUGUUCCUUCUGCUGACUUUGACAAAAGUGAUGGAAACCCUGAGAGGCGAUCCAAGCGAUGGAAGAGCCCUAUCAGAGCAAAGGAUUUUGAUCGAGUUUUGAAACUCGUCAGUAACGUUACAGAUGUUGCAAGGAAGAAGGAUGGCCCCAAGAACGUGGCUCCUUCUCUCAGUGAGCUGUCCCAGAGAACAAGAUCAAACAGCAGGCUGCACGAUGACUACUCCCGCAGGGUUUCCAGCAGCACGGACCAUGACAGGAAGAGAUGCACCUCCUCAGUAUCCAGUCCAGACUCUUCCUUGCCAGGAACACCUUGCCUGCAAAGCCCUGUGAUUGCUCAGGAUAAAAAGGCUGAAAUGAAUGUAGCUGUCACUGAGGAUAAAAGCCCCAGGACGUCAUCAGGUAUCCCAGACUCUGAUAGCUUUUCACCUACUCUGGAUGACAUGAGUCCAUUUCCCAAUGAAGUUUUUUAUUCAGACUCAGAUGAACUAAAAGCUACUCAGCAGUGUACAGAUGAAGCCGAAAACCUUUAUGUUCCUGUCAGGCCAACUACUCCAAAGCCUCAAAGUCCAACUGCGGGGAAGGUCAAGUGCAGUAUGAAUUUCCAGUGUCCAAACCAUCACAGCACGUUGUCACUGAGCUCAUCAGAGAGCGAGGAGAGAGUUGAGGUACCGGGGCUGAAGCUGGGCAGGAAUCCUGUUUGCUUUCAGGACUCAGUGAAAACUGUGUAUUAUGAUGAUGGAAAUGAAGACAGUGGCAUAAGCAGCCACUCUCAGCUGAGCCUCAAUUUAGCCUCUGGUACUGAAGAGAAAAAGGAAGAGGUUGUUUCUGAUGACCACUGGAAGAGGUCCAUAUCCCAGGAGGAAGAAAAGGCAGACUCACAAAAGAUCACACCCAGGAAAUGGGGCUCUGGAAAAAGAUCCCGGCCCAGACCUCUCUCAGACUAUGGCCAAAUGUCAAUCCGAAGUUUCUCUAUACCAGAAGAUGCAGUUGCAGUGGAGUCUCAGAACACAGACUGCACAGAUGGAGAAAAUCAGCCGGGACUGGCGUCCCUUGGAUCUGGGAUCCAAAGCAAUACUGUAGGCUACCACAGAGGGAGAAAAAGAAGACCCAUCUCCGUAAUAGGUGGGGUCAAUUUCUAUGGAGACGAUCAAGUAGAAGAGAGAGAAAAUCUGCUGACACAACCUGUGGCACGGCCACCCGUUCCAGCACACAAGGUGCCCCCGUACAAGGCUGUUUCAGCCAGGUUCCGGCCACUCACCUUCUCACAAAGUACCCCCAUCGGUCUGGACCGUGUGGGACGGAGGCGGCAGAUGAGAACAUCUAAUGUUGCUGCAGAUGGUGGGACUGAAUCUUCAGCCUUAGUGGAUGACAAUGGCAGCGAGGAAGAUUACAGCUACGAGGAGCUCUGCCAAGCUGCUCCCAGGUACCUGCAGCCCGGAGGGGAACAGCUAGCAAUUAAUGAGCUGAUAAGUGAUGGCACCAUCGUCUAUGCAGAGGCUCUCUGGGACCAUGUCACUAUGGAUGAUCAAGAGCUGGGCUUCAAAGCUGGAGAUGUCAUUAGAGUUCUAGAAGCUUCCAAUAAAGACUGGUGGUGGGGAAGAAAUGAGGACAAGGAGGCCUGGUUUCCAGCUAGCUUUGUCAGGCUGCGAGUUAAUCAGGAAGAAGUGCCAGAAAAUUGUAGUAAUAUCCAGGACGAAGAACAAGAUUCAGAUAUUAGCAAGCAUCGCCAGAAAAUAGCUGAAAACAGGGAUCAGAUGAGAACCAACGUUAUACAGGAAAUUAUGAAAACAGAACGAGUCUAUAUCAAGCAUCUCAAGGACAUCUGUGAGGGUUACAUUCGGCAGUGUCGCAAACAUACAGGAAUGUUCACCACAGCUCAGCUAAGCACCAUUUUUGGAAAUAUUGAAGAUAUUUACAAGUUCCAAAGGAAGUUUCUGAAGGAUCUUGAGAAACAGUACAACAAAGAGGAACCUCAUCUAAGUGAAAUAGGGUCAUGUUUUCUUCAACAUCAAGAAGGCUUUGCUAUUUAUUCAGAGUAUUGUAACAACCAUCCCAGUGCCUGCAUUGAGCUCUCCAGACUGAUGAAGCAGGGCAAAUACCGCCACUUCUUCGAGGCCUGUCGCUUGCUUCAGCAGAUGAUUGACAUUGCCAUUGAUGGUUUUCUUCUCACACCUGUUCAGAAAAUCUGCAAAUAUCCUCUGCAGCUUGCAGAAUUGCUCAAAUACACCACUCAGGAGCACAGUGAUUAUAGCAACAUAAAAGCUGCAUAUGAGGCCAUGAAGAAUGUGGCAUGCCUAAUCAACGAACGAAAACGGAGACUAGAAAGCAUAGACAAGAUUGCCCGUUGGCAAGUCUCUAUCGUGGACUGGGAGGGACCAGAUGUGUUAGCCAGAAGCUCAGAACUGAUCCACUCAGGAGAACUGACCAAAAUAUCAAAACAAGGCAAAAGCCAGCAGAGGACUUUCUUCCUUUUUGACCAUCAGCUUGUGUUCUGUAAGAAGGACUUGCUGAGAAGGGACAUUUUGUAUUACAAGGAUCGUAUUGACAUGGACGAGACAGAAAUUGUGGACGCUGAAGAUGGCAGAGACAAAGAUUUUAACAUCAGUGUCAAGAAUGCUUUUAAGAUAAUAAACAGAACAACAGAAGAGAUUCAUUUGUUCUGUGCAAAAAAACAGGAGGAUAAAAAGAGAUGGAUGGAGGCGUGUGAAAAUGAAAGGAGAAGAGUUCGAGAAGAUAAGGAAAUGGGUAUGGAAAUCUCAGAAAACCAGAAGAAACAAGCCAUGCUGAAUGCCCGUAAGUCAAGGCAAGGAAAAAUUAAAGGUGUGAGCUAUAAUGGGUGUCCUCUGCCUCCUCUACACCAAACCCUUCAUCCCCUUCACCAGCGACACAUCACCGUGCCUACCAGCGUCCCACAGCAGCAGGUCUUUGCUCUGGCAGAACCCAAGCGGAAGCCAUCUCUCUUCUGGCAUACCUUCAACAAACUCACUCCCUUUAAAAAGUGAGAGGCCAAAGGACCUGGAAGGACAUCAGCACAGAGGGAGACUCACUCCAGAGAAGGACCUUGGAGACAUGGUCAAGCUUACUUGAGCUCAGUGAAUCUCCCAUUUCAGAGGCAGAACCUUGGGUUCCCUUGAGCCAGGAAUGCAGCCUUUGUCUUGGAUAAGAAAGAAGUUUGUCAGGGCUGCUCUGAAGUCCAUGUUGCCAAGUGUCAGCAUUGCUGAUGAAGAGCAGUCUCUCUUCUGACAAAGACAACUUGCUGUUACUCAGAAACAGCAGUAUUUGAUCUCUGUUUCUUAGAUAUAAGAAGUAGUUGAAGUAGUGAUGGAAUUGUGCAGGUCAUUGUAACAUUUCAUUUUUCUUAACCUUAUAUUGAUGGCCAAAUUUUGGAUAGGGAGGAAUUUUUCUAUAGGGAUGUAUCAGCAAGGAGUCUUAGGAGAAUUUUCUCCUUCCUUCUGGAGCACUGAGCACAGAUCACCCAUUAAAAUCAGGUGGAAAUAUCCCAUGUGAUUAACCAGCUGGUGCAGAAUUUAGUGGACCCUAAUCCUUCCUGUCUUUCUUUUUAUUACAUUGCCAAAUGGCAGGAGAACAUCCCGCAAGGCCUUACCAUAUUCCAGAUUGGAACAGGGAAAUUUUAUUCUGUCCUGUAGAAACAGGAACAGAGUGUGAAAGAUAUGUGUAAAGAUAUGUGCAUUUAUUGCACACAGGUGGAAACAAGAGGAGCCCAGGGCAUCUCAGAUUGAUUCAUUUCAGUCAGAGCAGAUGCAUGCAUGUAUGCUCUUCAGUGUAGAGCUUUCACAUCGCUUUUUCACUCAUUUCUUCACCUGGGAGACUCUUCUUUGUAUUUCCAAUAUGUUUAUUUCUCUGUGUAAAAAAUACAUUUUUAUUUUCUCACGGAGAUAAUGUGAAUGUACAAAAUCAGAGUUGAGAGAGUACAUGGCGACUGCUGGCUAUGUUACAUAGAUCUCAUGAUUUUUAUUCAUAUAGCUGGACUUAGAAAAUGAAUAAAUUGUAAUGUAAAUAUAUUGAAGCGGUCUGGUUCCAUGCUUCUUGUACACAUUCAAUUGACAAUGGGUUUUGACCAAUAACUUCUUCAAAAAGAAGGAGAAAUCCUUACUGGAAGGGACAGAGAAAUCGUGUGGACCAGAGAUGGAUUUUUGUCUUGGUGUCAUCAGUCCCAUUGGAAGAGGAAGAACCUGACUUGAUUAAGGUCAGUUCUGGCCAGCAUAUGCAAUCCAUGAUUUGCAUUGCUUCAAUUCCUCUGUGGCAUGAAGUUGAUCUGGGAGAAUAACUUUUAAAAAGCCACUAGAAAGAAAGAGGAUCCUGAUAUUUGUAGCACUGAUUGUUUCUGCUUGCUUGCUUGCUUGCAUCAAGGAUGAGAAGACUCUUGGGAAUAUGGAAGGAAGUAAAGACUCAAUAUGAUUCAGAACUGAUUUGCUAUGAAUGUCUUUAAAAUACUUUAUCCUAUGCUUCUGAUUAGGGGCAUGACCUGAUAAUUACGAUAGAUCCAAGGGUAUUCUUUGACAGUGGGCACAAUCAGCUUUGUCAUGGAUCUGUAAUAUAUGAAAAACAAACAAGGGGCUAAACACCAGGCAUUUUAACAACAAUGCAAAAAGCCUUAUUUUAAAGAUGUAUUUGUUCCUACUACUAUUGUUACCUCCAUAUUUUUAUUUACCAUCAGUGUUGUGAAGCCAACUAUUAACUAGGUUUUGUGAUUUCAUAACUUUGUGGCCACUUCUGCAAAGCUCAAGUUUGUGGUUUUGAUUUUAAAUUACAUCUUUUUGACAACUGUACAUUUCAAAUGCCUUGUGUAUAUAGCUCAGCAAUAAGGCAAAGUCUGGUAUGCUCAGCCAAAUUGUGCCCUGCAUAGUAAAUUUCAUUGCUUGUGCUUUCCCAUAGCAAUGGGAGAUGAUGUAAACUAGUUAAGAACUGGAAGUGCACACUGACAUUUGCAGUGAUCCAGCUGAAAGAAAAUGCACAGGGAAGUCAGUGAAAAAAGCUGCUUGUAUAUUUCUCUUGAUGUUUAAGCCAGCUAUUGCUGCUCAGAUUUUUAAAAAUAGAUCUAAAUGCACAAUUUAAACACAAGGAGCAGACUUCCAAAUGCAGGCAUGGAUGCACACCCUUCCCCUCAAAUGAGUAAGCCUUUUGCGUUUCUUCUAUACCCAUUUUUGUGGGUACUUGCCACAUUCAGGCCUGUAAACCAAUGAGAUGCACAUACGGUGCGAGUGAAGAUGAUGUUUUUCAUAAUCACAUUCUGAAAGACUUGUUCUAAGUGCAAAAAAAAGGCUGAAGUUGGAUUGUAGUGCUCCCCCAGAAACUUUGCUAGCUGGACCUUGAAGACAUUAUGAGAUCCACAUUUACAUGUGUCUUUGCUGAAACCAACUUCCUUCCAGUGCUCAGUUCUUUGGGGUCCUGGAAAAAAAAGGUUUGGGGAUCUUUCUUUUGACAUGUCAGUGCCCAUGAAGGCUCUUCCCGUGUAUUAGUGCUGGUGCCUUAGCCCUAAAAAUGAACAGAAAUGUUUGCAUAUGGUUUUGGAUGCAAUAGGUUUUUUCUCAAUAAGUGAAUUUCAAAGAGAUAAAAUAUUUCAUGGUGCAGAUUACUCAGGACAGUUUUACAUAUAGUACCCUUCAUGUAGACAUGGUUGUUUUGUAAUGCUCUUUCUUUGCAAUUAAGAUCAAAUACAGUAAGACAGGCCAAAUUUAUACUAUGCCAUAGUCUUUUAAACAAAUUAUAGUGAAAUGAAAACACAUCUUAUUCAACAAUUAAGACAAAUAUUUACUUGGGAGCUAGCCUCACUUGAGAGUCUGUGGGAAGGAGUUGCAACUAAAAUGUAGAAGUUUGAAUUGUAGAAACUCUUGCCCUGAUUCUCCUUCUGGUGACAAAACUUAUAUAUAUCAUCAGAAAGCUGUGAUGGCAACAUCUGUUCUUUUCCACUUGCAUGCUUUAAGUUACUAUAAAAAAUUCUAGGGCAACAACUAAGAACAUUUGUGCCUCAUUUUGAUAAAGCCCAGCCGGAGCCUUCCUGAUGGCCUGCUGAGCAGAUAACCUCAGACUUUUUGCAUGAGAUGCAGUAAAAUAUAAUUGUUCUCAAAUGUGUUCCCACUGAGUUAGGAAAUGCCAAACCAUAAUUGCAUCCAACUCACAGCAUUUGAUGUAUAAAAUAAUAAGAUUGUUUUACAAGUGGCUCUUGCCAUGCUAAAUUUCACAUUGAAUUUUAGUGGUCAGCGUAAGAACUGAGUUCAAAGACAGACUUCUCAAAUGUUCCACAUUUUAGUUGUCUUUUGGAAAUAAUUAUAUCACAAUUUUGGAGCCAAAGGUCUUUAGCCAUAACUAACACAGUACCUUUCUCUGACUGCCUUUCUGCUUUCUUUUCUAUAUGUGUGGCAUUUGUAUGUAGCAGAUGCCUUCUAAAUGAUCUCUAAUUUAAAACUCCUUGUUGUAAAUACUAGGGAUAACUUGCAUAUAUAUUUUAUUUUGGUGUUUUGUAACAUUAUACCUUCCAUACAUUGCUUUGUGCACCUCACCCUGUGUGUGUGCUGUUACACAUUGUAAAUGAAGUGUCCUGGCUGCAGAGCAGAGGAAUUGGCUGUUGACAGCUGAAGUACAAUGUAUAGGACAGCAGUAGCUUGAUGUGCAUUUCUUCUGGAGUAACUGCAUUGCAAGGUUAUUUACUCUUUGAAUGUUGUUUGUCAAAUGAAUCUAUUUUCUGGAAAUAACUACAAACUUACAUUCCUAUUAUUUUUCUCUUAUUGUACAUGGUUGAAUUAAAUAAUAUACAAAGCUGAA